UUUCACGGGCCAUUAUUUUCCAUUUCAGAUCUCUUCACUUUCUUGUCCCCUCUCACCCCCUCUUUAAUGCCCUUCUGUUUUUACAAUGACAUAUUCUGAAAUAUUCUUACCAAGCUUUCUUCUUUUCUUAUCCUCCAUAGCUCUUCUGCGUCUCAUUUUUUUUUUUCCCUGCUUCUUUCCGUAGUUUUGAAUUAAUAUCUUCAUAGAUAUCUUUGAGGUCAAUGAUGAUGAAAUCUCCAACACACUCAAGAUCUGAGGCAAGUUAUUAUGAUGCAUACGGAUUUGAUCUGCAGGAGGACUUUUCUCAGUUCUUGGAGGAAGCAAGAAAAUAUGAGAUGACAGAAGCAAAAGUGAAGAGCUCAUCAUCAGUGCACCCAGAAGGUGGAAGAGGAGGGAAGAGAGAAGAAUCAGCAGAUAAAGAGAGAGAGAAGAAAAGUGGGAAGAAGAAAAAAUCAUGGAAAAGUUCAGUGAUUUCAUGGUGGAAAGCUGAGAGGAAAAGCAAGCCCACCAACAAGGACAUUAGUUCUGAAGAGCCGAAGGGUUCUUGUGGGAAAAAACAAAGUCAUGUCUCUGGUCCAAUAUACAACACUGGAAAAGCUUCUAAUGCAAAGAAACAAUGGCGUCCCCAUUCUGGUCCUCUCAUCACAAGUCUCUUCUCUAAAUCUUCAAAGAAAGAGAAUCACAACGAGAUUCCCUAUGUGUGUCUCGGGCAAAACCAGCAACCAAAUAGUCCUCAAGAUUUUCACAUUCAGAACUAUGGUCCCCUCUAUAUCGUCUCUUGA